CAGAGCACAGACAACAAAUGCAAGCCACCCAAUUUCCUGAUGGAAUAGAAACAAACUGGAAGCAGGCAGCCAUGGCAAGCCAGUGAUCCGUCCCUGUACGUUUUUCCAAUGGAAACCAUCCUCUCUUCCAGCUCGCUCUCACCGCUGCUCUCCUCCAAGCCGAGCCAUUCGAUAUCAAGAACCCUCUGCCUCGCCAAACCCACCAUCUGCAGCCUCAAAAGACGAGAUUUUGAGCCGAGGAAGCUGUCUCUGACAGAGCCCAGGAGCUGGUUCUCCCAUGCCCAGAAGGGUCUCGCAGCUCUUGCUCUGACUCUGGCCCUCAACUUCUGCCCAAUCCUGCCUGAAAGCCCUGCGCUUGCUUCGGAGUUCGAUGUGAUCAACGAUGGCCCGCCGAAGGAAUCGUAUGUGGUGGACGAUGCCGGUGUUCUUAGCAGAGUCACCAAGUCUGAUCUCAAGCGGUUGUUUUCUGACUUGGAGUCGAGGAAGAACUUCCACAUCAACUUCGUCACCGUCCGGAAGCUCACUAGCAAAGCCGAUGCUUUUGAAUAUGCCGAUCAAGUCUUAGAGCGUUGGUACCCCACCCUUGAAGAAGGCAGCAACAAGGGCAUAGUUGUGCUCGUUACCAGUCAAAAGGAAGGGGCAAUCACUGGCGGCCCUGACUUUGUCAAGGCUGUUGGAGAUACCAUUCUAGAUGCCACUGUUUCCGAAAACCUACCAGUAUUGGCAACGGAAGAGAAGUACAAUGAAGCUGCUUACAGCAGUGCUAAACGGCUGGUUGCUGCUAUCGAUGGGCUUCCUGACCCAGGUGGGCCAACGUUCAAGGACAACAAGAGAGAGUCCAACUUCAAGACCCGAGAAGAGACCGAGGAGAAGAGAGGACAAUUCAGUCUUGUUGUUGGAGGAUUGUUAGUGAUUGCCUUUGUUGUCCCUAUGGCGCAGUAUUAUGCCUAUGUAUCGAGAAAGUAAGAAGAAAGCCUUUAUUCCUGGUGGAGUUUACCAUAAGUACUGCGAGCAAAACACAUAUAACCUGUUGUCUAUACAGAUGGACCGAUUCGUGAUCAGGUUAUGUCGUAGAUAAAUUGAUGAGAAACUAGUAGAUCAGAGGAUAUUCGAAUUUCACUUUCGGUUGUAAUUUGUAAAUCAGUAUAUGACAUCUAGAAGUCUUGUCCAA